AUGUUAAAGGCUUCGUUUUAUUUGAAUUUUAUUAUUGCUGAUCCUGUGGAGUUUCAAGCAACUGUGGCUAAACUGUAUCCGUGGUGUAAUAACGAGACUGUUCCUACUAUUACUUUUGAAUAUAAGGUAAGAAAAUGGUAACAUUAACAAAUAACAAUAUUAAUGUAAGGCGUUUAUUUUGGAAAUCCCCGGCUUUUAUACCGUCAAUUAAAAAAAACAAAGUACAAUCAUGAGAUCACAGAUAUUUGCAUAAUUAUGGAUAUUUUCAUAACUUCCUCUUUGUGACGGGUUGCCGAGUGGUACCAUCCACCAGAAAUACAUUUUCUAUGUACUACAAUUUUUUAGAGUUAUUAUGACGUUACUUACCACCAUAAAGAAUUUACACAUAAAAAAGUUUCAGAACAACGCUGUAGCAAACGCAAAUACGGUAACUGUAAACGUGUACACAGCCAUAAGUUUGAGCUUAAUUGUUUACUUUGCUUACAAAACGACACGAGUUAUGCAUGAUAGUGUGCUGUCUAUACGUACGCAAAAACUGUCUGGUCGCUUUACGCGGAUCUUGUUUAUGCAGGUAUCGCUUUUUUAGCUUUUUCUAACAUAUAGAUACUUAAAAUGUUAGACAAUGUAUGCUUGUUAAUAUUUAUACUAUUGUUCGUACAAAACCCAACUAUUCUAACACUAAUAAUUACAGUACAAUUAUAGUACUCUGCUAUAUAAUAAUAUCUAUUUUUAGGCGCUCGUGCCUUUCCUCUUCCACUCGCUACCAGUGUUUUUAAUGGGUCGAGAGUUGUUGCCACGAGGUGUUACGGUCGGUCUAAGUCAAUACUUUGUACUAAUUAUCCAAUUUUGUCCGUUGUUUGACGCUCUAAUUAUACUUAUUGCUCUUCCGUCAUUUCGUCGAAAAGUCGAGGAAAUUUUAUGUUUUGAUGCUACUAACACUCGUACUGGCAUCGGUAUAUCAAUCUCUACUGCAACAUAA